GGCUCGGAAACAGAUAUUGAAUAUUUUGCUGCUCUUAUCACAACCCUCGAGGGCUCGCCUAUUAAUGAACCGUCGAGAACCGCGGCAGUGGCAUUUCUUUUGCAGCUGAUUGUCAAAAAAGUUCCCAAAGAGGUCCUCCAGUCACAGUUCACAAGAGUCGUUCAGGUACUCUACACUAAAAUGCUGGAAAACUCUGAAAGUAGCGAAGGAUCCGCGCUGAAAUAUCUGCUAUCAGUUCUGGGAGUCGUUUUGCGAGCUCAACCUGCUGGGGUAUGGAAUGUCGCUAACACCAAGAACAUGGUGGUGUCUGUCGCGGCUCUUUGUGCACAUGAGAAACCCUGGGUACGGACUAUGGCUCGUCGUGUCGUUAGAGCCGUGUUAACUGAUCCUAUAACUGCAAUGGAAAACGGCCUUCACGCUGCAUCUUCCAGUGUCGGAAUGUUCAUACAGCAGCAGUUACAAGCAGCACUCAGCUCGAAGAACGGCGAAAUGACAGCAAUGCGGUACCUGUGCUUACUCGAAGGUGUUAUGCAUAAGAUGCCUAGCAGCCUGUUCAAGCAACUUGCUGAAAAUAUUUUGUCGUCUUUUGCUAUUGCGGAUCCUAUGGUUAAAUGCAGCGCCUUGCAAUGCCUGCACCGAUGUCUUCAACGUCAACCAUGUGAUGCCGCACUUUCGGUUGAAACGAAUGUGUUGUUAGUGAAAGCUCUCAAACAGCUUUCUCCUCCUUGUGAAGACAUCACAGUUUGUGCCUACUGGAUGCAGGCUCUUGCAGAAGCGCACGUGUGUCUCACUCUCACUGCCAAGGAUCCCUACAGGUAA